GCACGUGUCUGUCAUAUGCAACGUAAUAAAAGGCGGGAAGAGACAUAAAAAUUUUUUUAUUAUGAAAGUGUCAAUCAUUUAAAUAUUUUUUAUAUUGUGAUCGACUCUGACUAUUAAAUUCCCGAUAUGGCUGAUGAAUUCCCAGAUCAGGACGAUGAAUACGAUUUGAUCUGUCAAGCGGAUUAUGAAGCUCUGAGAGAAUUAGAGGAACUUGAGGCAUUGACACAACCUGGUCCUAGUGGAUGUCAGCAAACAGCAAAGAGAAACAAAGAUCAAGCAAAGCCUUCCAUUUCUGUUAAUUUUGAUAAAGUUAUUGAUAAUGAAGCAUUUAGCAGUAAUAAAAAACGCAAUUAUGAAGAUUUAUAUCAUAAUAGUAUACUUGGCAGUAGUAAAAAACGCAAUUAUGAAGAAUUGUCUGGCGACAUCUCUGAUCUCUCAGGAACAAGUAUUUCAGCUGAUACAAGCAGGAACAAAAAUCAAACAAAAACCUCCACUUCUGUUAAUUUUGAUAAAGUUGACAAUGAUGCAUCUAGCAGUAAUAAAAAACAUAAUUAUGAUUUAUAUCAUAAUAGUAUAUCUGGCAGUAGUAAAAAACGCAGUUAUGAAGAAUUGUUUGGUGACAUUUCUGAUCUCUUAGAAACAAAUGUUUCAGCUGAUGUUGAUUUUGUCGAAGAACCAAAAGAAAAGAAACUUCGUUGGGAUCAGCCUGAAGAUGUCAUUCAAAAAAUAUUGGAUGCAAGACAAUUAUUACAUGAACACGAUGGAGAUGCAGUGAAGAAAACAAAAUGUGAUGAGAACAAGAAAAAUUCCAUUUCUACACGAGUUCCAUCAUGGAAUUUUGUAGCAGUCACAAGAUUAUAUGAUUCCCAGCGUUUAUACAUUAGAGUUAGAAGUAGGCAAAACGACAUCAAACAAACAAAAAGGCCAAUUACUAAUUUAUUGUCGAUAUCUUACAACCAAUUAAAAGCUCAAGCGCAGAAAAUUAUGUCGACAAAAAACGAGUUAUCAAUACAGCCACUAUCGAAUUUAUGUGACACUAAUAAUGACAACACAAUUAAUGACGAACUUUGGGUGGAUAAGUAUCGCCCUCGAUCGUAUUUAGAAUUACUUUCGGAUGAAACGGUUAAUAGACAGCUCUUAUAUUGGUUGAAGCUUUGGGAUAAAAUAGUAUUUAAUCGAAAUAUUAUAAAACCAAAGAAACAACUUUCUGUGUUUGGAAAGAAAAAGGAUAUUGACGAAAAAACAGAUAUCGAGGAAGUGGACAAUAGAGGAUACCCAAUAAAAAGAAUAGCUUUACUUAGCGGACCACCUGGAUUAGGAAAAACGACUCUAGCGCAUAUAGCAGCCAGACAUGCUGGUUAUAAUAUCGUAGAAAUCAAUGCGAGUGAUGAAAGAAGUCCAGAUACAUUUAGACAGAUCCUUCUUGCAUCAACAGAAAUGAAAGCUGUAAUAGGCGCGGAUCCCCGACCAAAUUGUUUAAUUUUUGAUGAAAUUGAUGGUGCACCAGCUGCAUCCAUUGAACUUCUCUUAAAAUUCAUUCAAGGUAAACUAAUAUCAAAAAAUAAAAAGAGCAAGGGGCAAUCGGAGAAAACGUCCGAUGGUUGCAUACGACCUGUAGUAUGCAUUUGUAAUGAACCAUAUGCACCAACAUUAAGGGCGUUAAGAGCUGCUGCUAUAAUAAUUCCGGUACCGGAAGUAAGUCCUUUAAGAUUAGCAGAACGUUUAAUGGAGAUAGCAAAAAAAGAAAAGUUAAAUGUAGACUUUGGCGAUCUUGUAAAAAUAGCAGAAAGAUCUGGUUGUGAUGUUCGAGCUUGUGUAGGAGCAUUACAAUAUAUGGGUGGCGCUAAUUUAAAAGAUAAUAUAUCUCUAGGCCUGAAAGAUACUCGUAAAAAUUUAUUUGAUUCGUGGAAAAGUAUAUUAACAAUUCCUAUGAACAAAAGAGGAGUGAUUACUAUACCUGAAAGAAUCCAGAAUAUAUUAAAGACAGUUCAAAAUGGUGAAUCGGAAAAAUUGGCACAAGGAAUUUUUCACAAUUAUCCUGAAAUUUGUGAUAGGAAACUUGAUAACGUAUCCGUAUCUCUAGAAUGGUUUCAAUUUUACGAUUUAAUAACAUCGCUUGUCACACACAAGCAAGUUUGGUCACUUAUGCCUUACACGAAUUACGGAUUUGUUGCAUGGCAUUUGCAUCUUGCGCGAACGCAGAAAGUAAAAUUAUCCUAUCCUACUAUCAUUAGCGAAGUAAUUCAGAAAUCGGCGAAAAACAUAGGUAUUUUAACGGCGGUACGAAGAGCAUGCGGACGCGAUGCUUUUACUCUAGUUACAGACAUUGCUGGUUUUUUACCAGCUCUCCUAGCACCCAAAUUACGUAUAGUGCCUUCUCAUUUAUAUUCGUCGAAGGAAAAAGCUGAUCUCGUUAGAAUAAUAAACGUAAUGCUUGAUUUUGGCUUAUCAUUCGUGCAAGAAAAGAAUCCUCAAGGAGGCUACAUCUAUAAUUUAGAUCCUAACAUUUUGGAAGUCGGUGUCCUGCCCAAUUGCAACCCGCAUCGAUAUCUAGCGUAUGCAGUACAGCAAAUAAUUGCGCAAGAAUUGGAAGUAGAGCGUUUAAAGCGGGCGAGUAUCUUGACAGGAAUCAGUGGAGUUAGCUUGUUAGAAAAUACGACAAAUUCAGGGGAAUCUGAAAAUACAAAAAAUAAUAAAGAUAAUACAAAAAAUACAAAAAAUAAUAAGGAUAACUCUUCUAAUUCACUGAAUAGCACAAAAUCAGGAAAAAAUGCGACGUCGUUAAAGGAAGUAGUAUAUAAAGAUUUUUUCGGGAAUAUUAUUACGAAUAAGAACGAAAAUAAAAUGACGAAUCGUAUUUCUCCAAAAUCGCAAAAAGGAUAUUCCCUAAUGCAAAAUAUUUUAACAAAACACGGAAUAUGGUACAAAUAUAAAGAAGGCUGCAAUAAUGCUGUUCGUCGAAGUGUAUUCAUGGAAAAACUCUUGUAAAUAGAAAUAUUUUCCUGCAGCUUUUGCUAUAAUU